CGCUUCAUACCUUUCUUUCUACAAACUAAUUCUUUCUUCUUGUACUAUAUCUCUAUAUGCAAUCUUUCUCUUAUAUAUUACCACCUUUGACAUAACCACUGCUAUGAAUCCGGUGUUCAUCUUGUUGUGCUGAUGCGGUAUGGCAACCUGGACCGAUGCACAUAUGUGCCUGGUCCUACGUUGUAGCUGACUUCAUAUGAUGGCAACUAAUUUGAUAGCUACGUACUUGUUAAACCUGAUACUAUGUGGUCCAAAGUUGCUCAUUCUUGUUACUCCAUAAAUUGUGUCAGCAGAUAUUUCAUCGAGUUCCGUAUUCUUGGUAUUCCGUCCAUAGUUAUCUAUCACGAACGCAAUAAAUGAAUGUUAAUUGUUAAUGUUUUUGUUUGCAAGUUGGCUGCAUGAAAGAAAAUUGUAUGACAUCGGGGAUCCCACUCGUCUAUUAUUCCACCUUCGGUUGUAUAUCAACCAAGUUUCCCUACGUUACCCAAAAUCUUUUAUCUACUUACAGGACUUAUAUUGUCAGAAGAACCAAAGUGUUGGGACCAUUGAUCUUGUCAUUUCUGACCCCAGCUUCCCCAUAAUUUGGAUUUAGUUGUGGAUAAUAUUGUGUACCGGUUUUCAGCUCGUUAUUGGAGCUCAGAGUUAGUGUGAAUAUUUCACAGAAGUAUGGAUGAUAUUCAUCGUUAGUGUUGUUAUUUGGACAUAUGUAAUCAACAAUUUUGCCGAACAAUCCUCAUUGGCUACAGUCUAUGUUUUUGCAGAGUCACCAAAUUUUAUCACGGUUAAGCAAAUUGUUGUGCAGCACACCUCUCAACCGUGUACACAGUAUCAAGCCUAACGAACUAACUCGAACGCCGGUCGAAAUUCUUAUUCUCCGCGUCCAUAUCUCUGUUCCUUCCGUUACUUUACAGUUAGAGAUGCAACUGAAAUUCAAUACAUGCAGGCAAUGCACCGGGAAAAUAUGGACUGAUCUUUGACUUUAAAUCAAAGAUAAUGGUAUUAUCAACAUUUCUAAAGUAUCGAUGAACGGAAGCUCUCGACCUUCGAAUUAACAGUUGCUGUACAAGAAUGGAUAGAAAACUUUUUAUGUGACCACAGACAGAGAAUGAGGGUCAGUGGGACUCUAUCCGGAUGGAAGCCGGUCGAGAGUGACGUACUCCAAGGCACCAUCUCAGGCCCUCAACUUUUCCUUCUCUACGUUAAUUAAUUACCGCUGUGAUACUGAUUAAAACCAUCUAAAUUCAUAUCUUAUAAAGUACCAACCCAGUUUAGUAAUUUACUACAGUGAAAAUUGUAUCAUUUGUAACAACUUUAUCUUGCCUGUAAACUGGCAUGUUUCAUGUAACAAACUGUUAGUUGAGAAUAAGUGAUUAUUAUUAAGUCGUCGACAUUAUUGUUUUUGCGGACGAUGUCAAAAUUUGGUGAACAGUAAGAAGUGAGGCUGAUGAUUUUGACCUUCGAGCUGAUUUAGGUGAAUUAGUUAGAUGGGGCCGAAGUUUCGGCUUAGAAGUUAAUUAUGGGUAGAGUGUGUUCAUGUACAUCAGACAUGGUAAUAGUUACCAUUAUACUAUUGAUGGUUGAUCUCUUCCACGCGUUCAAGAACAUAAAGACUUAGGAGUAAUAAUAAGCCAUGACUUGAAAACUACUACGCAUUGCAACUCAGCUGCUUUCAAAGGUUUUCGUGCUUUAUGAUCACGUCGCCGAGCAUUCAAAUGCUUUGACGAGGAAAUGUUUCGAAUUCUAUACCCCACCCGUGUAAGACCACACUUAGAGUACUGUACUCAAGCAGCUGGCCCAAGGAUACCAACUCACUAGAGCGUCUUCAGCGCGUGAGAACAAAAUUAGUGAAUGGUCUUUCUAAACUUACUUACGAUGAGCCCUUAAAACGCCUACACCUUUUCCCCUUGUCGUAUCGUAGGCGCGAAGUGAAUUUAUACUGGUAUCUCAUAUUUUUAAUUAUGAUUUCAGCGUUAAUAUGUCUUAUCUUUCUGCUCCCUUCAGGACUAAUAAUCUCCGAGGUCAUAGUAAGAAGGUUCACAAACCGCGAUCUAAUAAACUUAAAGUGGUGUCCCUUUUUUUCUCAUCGAGUAGUCCAUGACUGGAACCCCUUAUUCGAACAAGUGAUAUAAGCCCCACCAGUGAAUAUUUUCAAGGAGGAGCCGGACCUUCAUUGGAAAGCAAUCUGUCAGGAUUAACACAGGUUCACCAACCUACUAUCCUUAAUACUGAAGAUUGAAGACUGAUCACUAUGACUCCGAGACGCACGACCGCGCGAAAUGAGUUUAGAGUUUUCAUUUCAUCGUCUUUAGAGCUCUGUUAUUGUGUGGAAGGAAUAUCCCCUGCAUCAGUAGUCAAAGAUGUUAUCAAAGAAGCUGAACUUUGUUUUGGCAUAUCUAAUGAUCUCAUGCACGUUAGUUUUAUUGAUAGAGGUGAUCUGAUUGAUUCUUCCUCUUUGAUGGAGUCAAAUAUCGUCAAUGGGUCCACUUUGCAUGUUACAACAUCAAAAUCACUGGAGGCCUUAUUCAAGUCUAUAAUAACGAGUGAUAUGAAUCUCAUUAUACAAAAUAGCUUAUCGAGAUUCUUCCCUUAUCCAUCUGGACCUUUCAUCAGUAUGGCAACAAAAUAUCAGCAUGACUACAUUGCAUCUCGUCUGAAUACUGCUCUCCUGUUUGCUUCUGGAAUGGGUUUGGCAAACGUUUGCAACACACUAAUAUGUUUAGGUGCAAAUGUCAAUGCAAAAACUAAAUUUGGCAGGACACCUUUACAUAUCGCUGCAGCUCAUUUUUCAUCAGGAGAAAUAAUUACAGAUCUUGUUAAUCGUGGCGCUGAUAUAAAAACGAAAGAUAUUUUUGGUGAAACUGCAUUAGAUAUAGCUCGGCGGUACGGUAAUCAUCAUGUAAUUAAACAAAUACUACGACUUAGUUGGUUACAAAGAUGUAAAUCUUCAAAACCACAAUAUUCGAAUAUACCGCUGCGUGCUUUUCAAAUGUGUGAUUCAGCGUAUCCGAAAUGGCGUCGAAAUCUUAAUGGUCAAAUCUAUUUGCAAAAACUUACACCAAGAGGUGAAUAUUUUGGAUCAAGACUGGAUGCACCAAAAUGGAAUUGGCCUAAGUUAGAAAUGGUAUUAACUAGAAAACAGAUGCACCUUGAAGCAAGAUCAACUGGUAAUCGUAUCAAAUCUGCUUUACCUUUUUCAUGUGCAAAAUAACAUCGUCAUCAUCAUCAUCAUCACAAAGCCUAACUAACAAUAAAGCGGAAUUUUAAAUUUUGCACAUUCUAAAUUUUAUGUUCAGAUAAUGCAAGAUGAUAUUCUUGUUUUUCCAUACAACACACAUCCAAUAAUCAAAAUAAAUGGAUGUUUAUAAUGUAAACUAUAUUUCUGUUCAAUAGUUCACUGUUAUUCACUUAGACCAAUUAUGUUUAUUGAUAUAGAUGAGAAACUACUUAAACUUAUUUAUGAGUAAUUUGAAAAUAAUCCAUAGUAUAGUAUUCAGAAACCAUUUGAAACACUUGAACACAUGUAUGUUGUUCAAGUUAUAUAAUAUACCCUUGUCGGUCAGGGUAAUUUUAGAUUGGUUUUCAGGAGAACCAGACACC